AUGUUAGAUAAUUGAUCGCAGUAUUUGAGAAAGAAGCGGCGCCAGCUAAAAGAUUUUACAAGUUACAAGCAAAGGGCUUGUUCAUGUCGUUCAGCAGAUAAAAAUGGUUCUUCCAAGAGGGUAAAAUCUGCAAAAUAUUCAUGAUUUAAUGCCAAAAAGGGUUCAAGAGAUAUUAGAGGAAGCUCAAGGCAAAAUAAAUCUCAGUAUUCCAGGAAGAAAUCUGCAGCUGGACUUGGAGAUUCAGUUAGAGUUGAGGUUACCCAUUCUGGCUUUGAAAAAUACAUUCAUUUCCUGGACAAAUUUAAGAAAAAGAAGUCAAAACAUCCUAAAGUAGCUCGUAAACUUGGUGGGGUGAAUCUCUCUCAGGAAGACAUAAGAGCAUUUCUAGUUCAAAAUAAGUCCCGUUAUAGCUCAUUCGAAAAAGGGUUCAAAAGUGAGCUGAAAAUAUAUAAGCCAAGUGCUAGGAGGAAAGUUAAGAAGACCCCUCGUAGCAAGGCUAGGAAGAAUAUUCCCAUAAGCGGCCUCACAUUUGACACCGUGAAGAGAAAAGCAAGAUCUCCCAGCAAGAAAACAAGCAAGAGAGUCAACAAGACACAUGAACUCAAUCAAUCAGUGAGAAGCAAGAAGAAGAGGAAGAAGACUCCUAUUUCUAAACAGCUUGCUACUCGUGAUAUUGACAAACUUGCCAAGAAAAUUAUAAAAGAAAAGGAAAGGCUAAAUAUUCAGUCUAACAGCGGCAGUAUGAUGAGAGUUGAGAACUCGAAUAUUCGAUUUGAUACCAAAUUAAGAGAUAAAUAAGAAGCCAAGAAAGCAAGUUCUUAACAAAAUGGAGAAAGUGAAGGAAGGCAAAUGGUCUCAGGGUGAAACAGAAAAACUUUUUAGUCUCCAUAAGAAGUAUAGGAAUAAUUAUGGCCUGAUAGCAAAAGAGAUCCCUGGAAGAACUAAACAGCAGGUCAAAGACAAGAUCAGGAAUUUAAGGAUAGCUCUUAAAAGGGAGGCUGAAAGAAGAGAAGAAAGAAAAGCUAGAGAGAAUGGAGAGAUUGACCCAAUGCAUCAUUCUACAUCGAGUUUGGAGGACCCUACGAUGAUGAAAGAUGACUCAAUUUACGAUUAUGUUCAGAGGAUUAGUAGCAAAGACCAGUAUAAAGACCUUAUAGACAGGAUUUCUUCUGGAGACUUUGAUGAAAAUGGAGGAAAAAGCAUGUUCUCCUAACAAAAGACCC